UGUAAUGCGGCGCACGUAUGCGCAGACGUGCGAGCUAAAAAUCCGACAGAAGCUGCCAGUCAGUUAGUGACAAGACUGUUUAGGUAUAAUUUUCGCUCACCAGAAACUGGAUCUAUAUCUCAAAUUUAAAAAGGUAUUUUUUGAAAAGCAAAUGGAAAAUACGAAUAGUUCUCCAGAUCAACCCAAUAUAAAUAAUAGUGUGACCUUGGUGGAGUCCACAAGCACUCCUCAUGGUUUGGAGUUGGUAAGUUCAUAUCAGUCCCACCGCAUUGGAGAUCCCAUGGACCUUGUUAUGCUGGCACAGCAAGUACAGAAGGGAAAUGAGUUUAUUAGGGCAAAUGCCUGCAACAAGUUAACAGUUAUUGCAGAUCAAAUUAGAUACCUACAGGAACAAGCAAGAAGGGUUUUGGAAAAUGCAAAAAUGGAUGCUGAACUCCACCAUGUAGCAUGUAACAUGGUCAAAAAACCUGGAAACAUGUAUUACUUAUACAUGCGAGAGUCUGGACAGCGAUAUUUUUCCAUUCUGUCUCCUAAGGAAUGGGGUUCCAGUUGCCCACACAAAUUUCUUGGUGCCUACAAGCUUCAACAUGAUAUGUCCUGGACACCACUGGAGGAGGUUGAAAAAAAAGAUUAUGAAAACAGCAUAAUGGACAAGCUGCUGAGCAAGAAAACUGCUCUUCCUUUUACUGAGCCCCAAUUUGAAGGUUUCUUCAAUUAAAUUUGGAAACAGUAUAUUAUACUGUCGUAAGCUAAUGCAAAGGAAUUUAUUUGAAAACGUCUAAAUCAUCUCAAAUCACUGCUUAAGAUUUUACAUUACUAUGCAAUGUGACACCACGUUUUACUACUUUUGUGCCAUUUUGCUGUAAUUUGUUGGAUUAGCUGCAUUUGAAAAAGAAAAAUUAUUUCCUUAUUUUGAAAACAUUAUAGAUGACAGAGAAAUUGUCAAAUGUAGGUUGCUGCACUCUUGCAGCCCAAAAGUGCAUCAUGUUUAUCAAAUCACUACACUGAAGUAAUUGGUUUUAAAUCUAAUUGAAUACCUAACUUUCUCAUUUAGUGUAUAUAAUGCACAUAUUUUAAAUACAGGAUGUGUCAUCAGAACCCCUUCCAAGCCUAGUAAUAUUUUUGACGAGGACAAUCCGAAAAUUUUGCUGAGUAUCAUCAUAUUAACUGACAGGGUGUCACUAAAUCCCUGAUCUAAUAUGAGUAGAUGGAAAAUGAUGGUUGUCAGAUGUGGGUCUUUACCAUUUGGCAUGACGCCUACCUUGUGCAAUGGAUUUUGUAGACUUUUUUUCUGUAAUCAAAUAGAGACUCUACCAACAUAUUUUGCAAUUCAAAUUUAUUAUUAAACAAUAUCAUGUUAUUGGUGUUACUGAUGACAGUCAAACAUAUCCUAAGAUAUUCCAUAACAAAACUCACAAUAAUACACACCCACAAUAAAUCCAGAAAGGCAUUAAUUUCUAAUGUAGGGAAGAAAUCAAUGUAUACAUAAAUAAGAAGCAUUAAAAGUGUUUUAAAAAUA